AUGAUAGCUGUGCAAGUAGAAAGGCUAGAAGUUAAAGUGGUAGAACCAUUCAAAUCUUAUGGGACAGCUGUGAAGCUAAAAAGGGAGGAUCUCAAAGCAACUUUAAAUGCUAGGAAUCGUGAAGCUAAGCAAAUGCAGCAGCUGGACAGAAUGAGGCAAAGGAACCCGUCAGACCGACAGAUAAUUUCUCAGGCAGACAGUGAACUUCAGAGAGCCACAAUGAAUGCCACUCGCACAACCCGGCCGCUGGAAGAAGCCAUUGAUGAAUUUGAGAAACAAAAAAUUAGAGAUAUCAAGAAAAUCUUUGGUGAAUUUGUAACUGUGGAAAUGACAUUCCAUGCAAAGGCUUUAGAGGUUUACACAACUGCAUUCCAGAAUAUACUGAAUGUGGAUGAGGAGGAAGAUCUUGAGGUUUUCAGGAGUACACUUUGCCCAACAGACUAUCAGUCUCGCUUACAAAUAGUUUGUGCUAAUUCCAAAUCACCACUCGACAGAACUGGUUCGACAAAGAAUAUGUAA